AUGAGCACUUUGGGCGAGAGCUUGCAGCUGAAACACGCCCAAUUUGCAGAGGUUCUUUUUCUUGUCCUUACAAAUUUUUGAAAUGAAUUUUCAGAAUAAUUAUAUGAACCAUGGCGGUCAUCCUCACAUGCAACUGAUGCACCCGUGGCAGCAGUCCAUGGUUUUUGGGUACAAGGUUCGUUUUUCGGCAAUUUUCCUUAGUAUUUGCACUUCAAAGAAUGUUUGAAGAUUACUUUGAGAAUGAGAGUGGUUACUUAAGCACUAUUCAUAUUGUUUCGCCCCGAAACCUUAUUUGUGAAGAACCUGAAGGGACUAAAUCAAGCUCAAAAGAUUAUUAAGAAAAAAUUGACUUUUUCUCUCCAGUCUUCCAUUCAAGUGACCGCUGCAAUCUCUGUAAAAAAGUGCUGGAUUUUAACCUUUUCAUUUCAGUUUGUGAGGAGAGAAAUUCUUAAAGGACCACUUGACUUUUUCCGCAGAACGGCAGUGAAAUGAGUGAUGUGAAAACCGAUAACUUUAAUUUCAUCAUCCCAGUAGAAUCACCGUCUAACCUGUUGCUCUCAAGUUACACACGUUCAAGAGCGAGAGAGAGAACAUCGUAAAUUUGGGCCCUUUCGAGAAAAACUUCUUCUCGCUUCGUCUGAUGAUGAAGCUUCAGUUGUUACAACUCCUUCUGAUUCCAUUGUUCUUUUUCUCGACGCGAGAAAAGAAACAAGCCCAUAGCAACAAACAGUCGAAUGAUGUUCGGCUUAUUGCGGCGUGGUUUUUGAUUCAAAAAAAGUCUACUCCUCGUUUUCUGAGAAUUUACAAAAAAAGGGAAAUUUUUGAAGAAUCAGUGUGAAAAUUAUUGAUGCUCUCGUACUCCUCGAAUUUUGAAUGUAUAUAGAACUAGAAAAAAAAGCCUGGGAACUUUGAAGUGCUCCCUAUAGGGACUGUGAAACAUUUUGAGCAUUGCCUAUUGGACCCUAAAACUAAAGCGCCAUAAAGUUUUAAAGUUUCAGUUGACCGCUCAGAAAGCAUUAUAGGGGCCACUGAUGUUUUAAACCCUAAGGGGACCUUAAAAUUUCCUCCUAUAGUGGUCCUAAAAAAGAACGAAAUGCUAUGGGGACCCUACGCUCUGUAAAGCAAUCUGAAGCUUUAGGGUUUUCUUUGACUGCGCUUUGAACCUUUUUUGAACCCCAUAGGAACCAAAAAACGCCCCUAGAUUGGCCCUUAGAACAGCAAAAUCCUAUAGAGACCCGAUAGAAAUUCCUCAGAUGUUCGACUUUUUUGAGAUAACUUCGAAUUUUUUCAAGAACUUUUUCGCCUUGUGAGGAGUGUGCGCCGUCGCACAGCUGGAGAGCUCCUUGAAGGCUAUUUUAUCACAAGAAAAGACCUUGAUAAUGAUAAAUCGCCCAGAAAGUUCGAGAAGAACACGGAAAGUUACCGAGAAAGAAUUUCAAAAACACCUGUGAAAAAAAAUAAAUCUACGACCAAAUAUCAAGAAAAAAAUCUCAUUUGAUCGCGUCAUAAGCUUCUAAAUUGCAAUUUGAACUGUAUAAAUGAGCGAGUUCUUUAUAUUAUUAUGGAAUCAGGAAUCAAAUUUCAAAAUACUAGAUUUUUAUUUAUAGCUCAGUCUCCACGAUUUUCUGAAAACAAAAAUGAUGAUUUCUUGUUUUAUUUUCAUUUUUUUUCCUCGAUUUGUUUUUUAUCCCAGCAAGGAGCAUUUAACAUGAGCAAUACGGUUAUAAGAUGAGUAAAUUUUAUCCAGAGCUCGUGCGGCCUUCAGAUUGAAAUCGUAACAGAUCGAGAUUUGAUGAAAACAUUUCAAAAAUUAAAAAUAAGGUAUAAUACCGUUAUUCUGCUUUUUCUACUAUUAUCGGGGCACGACCCUGAUUUUCCAAAAAAAAAAAAUCGAAAGCAUCGAAAAAGUAGAAGAUUUUCCGUGUGAAGGCUGUGUUGAGGACCACCCGCUGCGAAUUUUUCCUUCCAUUUUUUUUCGUCUUGCGUCCCCCAGGUCUUUCUUGAUAUAUUGCGAACGCGCGACACCUUCUUCACAUAUUUUUCAACACAAAACGUCUGACUUUUGAAAUUGAGUACCGUUUUUUAUUUUCCACUGAACUCGUGGUUAGAUGGCUAUGACAUUUCGAAAGCCGCUGGUGGGUUUUUUGGAAAAUUUUUAAGGAUUUUAACAAUUUCUGCGGAUAGUCAUGCUUGCAAAAUAUCGAAGUGUCGGUCAGUUCUACAAGAAAAGGUCUUGGAACGAUAAAGUACAUCAAUAUACGGACUUUUCUGGGGAUAACUACUGAUUCAGUGUCUGAGAUGAAGCCAUAACUUUGUCUCUUAUUCUAUAGUUUUGUUGCUCAUCCUAUAGCUUUUUUUUGCUAUUUCUGGGUUGUCUGUUUGUGACUCAGAACUUGUGAGUAGAAAAUAAGUUAGAAACCGUAACCUUCAAUUUUCGUUUUGAUUUUCGCGUCGGGACCUUUUUGUUGAACUUAUCUGGUUUCUUGAGAAGUCAUGUUUUUUUCGACUCCAAACCUUUUAUAAAAUUUCUCAACCUUUUAUAAAAUUGGCUUAAAAUUUCUUUUUUCAAAUUUGAAGGCGCAAAAAAAUGUGUCUAUACGCCCGCAAGGAUUUUUGAAUAGCUUGAAACACAAAAAAAACUUCCUAAGGGAAACUUCAGUAUUUUGCAGAACGGACCCCAGCCUCUGCAGCCGAAACAAUCUUCGACGCCCUACACGGAUGCGACCAACUGCAAGAAGAGCUCCAAUCACAUCAAGAGGCCCAUGAACGCCUUCAUGGUCUGGUCGCAGCUCGAGAGGCGUAAAAUCUGCGAGCAUCAGCCGGACAUGCACAACGCCGAGAUCAGCAAGCAGGUAGGAGCUGCUUUCAAACUAGAAGCGGCUCAACGCGUAGUGACGUCAUAUUCUUCCGAAAAUGACGUCAUUUUUAGCUUGGAUCAAGAUGGCGGCAACUGACCGAGGAGCAGAAGGCGCCGUUUGUUGCUGAAGCCGAGAGGCUGAGGAUCAUGCACAUGCAGGUAUGAGCUAACAUGAGCAAUUCUUUAUGCGAAUGACGUUAUGGAUCUAAGUUCAGCUAAAUUAUGACGUCGUGAUGAUUCCUAAAAAAAAAUUGAUUUAAUUUGAAGCGAAUUUCCCGAAUGGAGGUGACGCCUUUGAAUUUUUUUCAACUACUGAAAAAAGAACAUGAUUGCAAGCGAAAAAUCAAAAAUCGUAGCGCAAAACUUGAAGUUUAUUAAAAUAACGUCAUUAAUGAGUGAAUGUGAGCGAUGAAAAAUGUUAUGACGGUAUAAUAUCCUUCCAGGAGUACCCUGACUACAAGUACAAGCCGAGGAAGAAGCCGAAAAAGAAUCCGGACGGUACGAUCCAGCAGCCGCCGCCGCCAGUUGGACCGGUCAAUUCGGCCGGAACUUCGCCUCCUUCUCCAAGACAGAGGGGCCAGAAAAGGUGUCAUUUUAGUGGCAUUCCAUUCAGUGACUUUAAGAAAACUAUAUUUUUCGCAAAUUUACUUUCGGGAUUUCAGACAAAUGAACUCGGGGAACAAUGGCUCGGAAGAGUCGUAUCCGUUGGGCAAGGCGAUGAAGGUGAGAAAUAGUCGAUUCUUAGCCUUUCAUGAAUUCCUGGGCGGUGCCUAUUCUUUAAUUUUUUAUGUUGUGCUCAAAGUAGUCUAAAUGGAAAAUUAUCUCAGACUCUCCAGGAUUUAGAAAUCUUUUUCUUUCUUUGACAGCCAUUUUGGAUUUCGCGGAACAUAUUGAUCGUGUAGAAUUCAUGAUUUUUUUCCAGGUAGAACCGUUGGACCCGAUGCCGAUGAACAGCAUGCACCUGCCGUACAUGGCGAUGAUGCAGGAGGAGAUGAAGCCGAAAAUCGUUAGUUUGUUGCUACAUUUCAAGGCGAAAGCCAGAUCGAUUCGGUUGCAAGUCUAAUUGACUUCAUUACUUGGAAAAUUUUUAUUUGUAUGCGCCCGUAAUUUUUUUUUUGCUUUUUGACUCUCGGGUGACGGUAAAGAAGGCGCAUGCAGGCCGGACUUUCUCGAGUUAUGGAGAGGGAAGCAGACAUCAGAAUUUCAUGAAAAAAUUCACAAAAAGUGAAAAAUCAACAAUUUUGUUCAUAGGGCGAACUUGUUAUUUUUUUUCCCAGGGCUAUUCCAUCGUUUGAGCAUAUUUCAUUGAUCUCACUAUCGGUCUUUCGCUUCAACUUGAUAGAUUCCUAAUUUUCUGCACUCUCUUGCUAUUUUGAUGCAUAUAUGACCUCGCCGUUGAGAGAAAAGAGAGCGCAGAAAAGUCAGUCUUCCACAAAUUGUGACGAAUAGAGUAAAUAAAAAAAGUGUUCCAAUUCAAGGACCAACAACAGGCGCGGAUGUACCACGGCACGUCGUUUCCGUCGCCUUCUGAAUUCGGACACGCCCCCUUGACGCCCGAAUCCGGAUUCUACGACGACUUCUACGCCGCCAACUUUCAUCAUCACGCGCCGAGCCCGUCGAAUCAGCCGCUGAGAAUGGUGGGUAACAUGAGCAAUGUGGUGCACUUUCGCCCGACCUAAUGUGGCUCACGCGACGAAGCCUUUCUCAGUGUGGUUUUUUUUGCUGCAAAAAUUUAAUAUUUUUCGAGUAUCGUACUGAAGAAUUUAUCGAUCAAAAAGGGUGAAAACAUCUUAAAGCUAAAUUUGAAUAUGUGCUCAGAAAGAGCCUAGGAAACCAGUGAAAAGACUUUUUACGGCUCAAAACAACGCAAAUUGGAUCAAUAUGAGCCAAAAAUAAAAACUUUGAUGAAACUUCGAAUUUUUUCCUGGCAUUCAGCUUUUCUUUUUUUGAAUAUAUUCAUUCAAGCCGCCAAUGGACGUCAGUGUCAUGCAGCAGUUCGCUCAUCAGCACCCGUUCUACGUCCAUACGUCACCUCCUUCCUCCGCCCAUGACCAGGUGAUUAAUUCACUAAUCAACAGGUACCGAAAAACCGGCAAAAAAUGUUAAAUUCGACAAGAGAAAUGUUUUUCAAGCAACUUUCGCGCUUUUUUUGGUGUAUUCAAGAAUCCCGAACGCACUUAAAUGGGCUAAACGGUUUGUAGGUUCGGAACUUCUUUGUUUGAACUCUUUUUUUAAAGUCUCCAAAGGCAUAGAUGAUCAUAGCGGCUCAAAUCCCAAUUUCGAAAAAUGAAAUUUUAGAUUUAAAGAUCUUAAUUUUUUACAAUUCAUAUCAUUAAAAUCUGAGGUUCGAGCAGGUUUUCCCUUUUGAGAACCUACAUUAGGACCUUAAAAGAGUUUAACGAGAACGCUUUGACCCAUUCUAGAUGCGGCCAGAAUAAUGAAGUUCUUCAUUCCUCAGACUUUGAAAAAAUAAAAAUAAAAACAAGCUUCAGGACGACAUGAGGUCGAUGUCGUCAGGCUCCUCGUCGGGUUACGGUAGCGUGCCUUCCGAAGUCUGCGACGCCUUCCACGCUGGUCAACAACAACAGCAACAGCAACAACAACAGCAGCAACAGCAGCAGCAGCAGCAGCAACAACAACAGCAAGGAGGACAAGGCCAAGGCCAAGGACAUCAGAACGGUCCGCCGUCGACGUCGUCCUCCGUGGAGAACGAGCUUCUGCCGUCGAUCGUCGACUUCCGGUUCGCCUCGGCGUUGAACGCCUCCAACGGCUGGAGCGACAUGUGGCAGAGCCAAGUACUCGGCAAUCCACAAGCCUUCGAUCAGAUCCCAAUUUGA